GGAGUCUGUAGAUCCCCACCUGUGCAUACUCGGAGAAGCAGCCAAACCAGCCAAACCCAACAACAGGGACAGUCUGAACGCAACACCUGUCCUGCCGCCAAUAACUAAUGGACACGCAGCGCGCGCUGAGGAACAGAACGGAGUUACCAUAGAUACCAUCCAUGACCCCGAAGAUGUCGCGGAGGAUGAAGACGAGCUUGGUAAGAACGAAGAGGAUGAGGGGUGAGUGAGGUUACAGGGUCAACACAUCCGCUGGACAACAGCUCAGUACGGACAGGGGUCAGCGAUGUCACUGCCGUGCCACAGAUAGGGGUCACUGGGGUCAGCAGCGCGGACAGUGUGGUGGACAGUAUGGACAGCGGGGUGCCCCCAUCCAUGAGUUAUGUCCCCGAAAUGCCCACGCUACCUGAGAGCGUAGCACCAGAAGACGAAAAUGAGUAUGACGAAGAGGAGAUAAGGACGGCCAAUGACCACGACAACAGCGAUGGAGAUGUCUAUCACAAUGGUGACGAGCACGACGAGGAGACCCGGCAAGUUCUGCACGUGCAGUUCCCGCCAUGGUACUUCUCCACACACGGCCUGUCUCGCCCGACCUCACCGGAUCCGGAAAACAAAGAAAGGUACUACACGUUACUGGAGCAAGCCAUCCCCCCGGACAUGGUGGGGCCCAUCACCGACGACACCCUACAGGGAAUCUACCGCUUUGUGCCCCAUCACCUGCGCUCCAGCUUCGCACAGGCAACCACGGAGUUCUUACAGGAAAUGGACGAGGAUUACCGGGUGGCCGUGAGGAGGGCAAUCCUGGAUUACAUCCUGCUGGACCCUGUGGAACAAGACCGCCUUGGGCUCGCCAUGCCCUUCAAGCCGUCACACUCCGCUGGUCGUGACAGCUUCCCUUGGCACAGCCGCGUGUUGGCUACCCGGACCUUCAUGGAGACAGACCUGUACAUCACCCACCCUGUCAUGAUCAAAAUCCUCUACCACUUCGAAAGCAAGUAUGGUACCCUCCGGUUAAUCGACUUGCCGGGGUUGAAAGGUCAGAUGCCUGUGACUAUGGAGACUUUCGUGAAGCACGUGCAGGACUCCAGUGCGGAGGGCUUCCAGCGCCUGUCACGUGACUGGGUGGCCGAGUGUUGUACCAUCGUCGACGAGCACCGGGACGCCAUUGAAAUGACUAUGCCCAGAGAAACGAAGGAACGCAUGAACAAGCUGGACCACUUCUUCGGCAGCGUUGCGUCCCUCAUGUCCAUCCUGCUGCGGCGGUGUGUCCAAGCCUCCAUCGAGGACCUUGUGUCAUUCGUGGAGGAGUACGACAGCGGCAACGCCUACGACGGCACCUACACCAUGACGUCAUCGCUGGCGCUGCCGAGCCGCGGCCAUCCGGUCAGCCUUUUCCUGAAAGAAGACGUGGACAGCUCGGCACUCUGCUUCCGUCCCAGCUUGGACCUGUGCAACUCCUUCAGCCUCAUCGUGGACACCAUGGUGACCUGCGUGCAGCAGGUGAAGCGCGUGGAACACUUCCUGUUUCAAGACGUAGAAGAGCUCCCUGUGCGCUACGUCAGCUCCGUGGGUGUGCAGGAGGAGCUCGUGGAGCAGGCCAAGGGGAGGCUACACACAGUCAUCGUCGCCAACAGCCAUGGACCGCUCAAGUAUAAGAGUGUGUACGAGCCGUACCGAUACCUGUACUCACGUGACACAGACCAGGCCGUCCACAGGUUCGUCAGUCGCGACAGGUCGCUGCGAGAGUACAGUCACGAGAUCGAGCGACUCAAGCGCAUGGCGUCAGACGUCGGGUCCUUUCCUGUCUUUGUCCCCAUGCACUUCUUCCUUCUGGACUGCACGCACAUGAAUCAGUGGCUGAUAGACAAGGCCAGGGACUUGAACAACAUCAUGGUCAGGAAGAUCAUGGACACCUCAGACAAGUUUAACCGCCAAAUCUGCAGCCAGUACGACACCAUCGUCAAGAGGAGCUCGUAUCAGGCGGAGAACACACAGGAGCUGGUCAAGCUGCAGGACUACGUGGAGGGUCUGAGAGUGGGCGAACUCUUGGAGCUCAAGGACAAGCUGGAGAUAGCCGGGGGAAACCUACUAUUUCUGAUGGAUUACGCUUACCUGCCCAAAGAUAACAUCCUCAUCAACUGCACCACUUUCACCUGGCCGGACCGGAUCAUCCCCAUCGUCAGAAAUGCCGAGAACAAGCUGCAGAGGGAGCACGACAUGGCCAUCAACAGACUCAGCGACUGGCGCAAACGGUUCCAGGCGCAGCUGGACGAGGCGGUCAAGAAGGUCAAAGACUUCGCGUCCAAGGACCGCAUGUCGGAGGCUGACAAGUAUCUGGCGGACCUGGUGGACCUCGACAGCAAGCUGCAGGUCUUUAAAGAAGAGAAAGUGAAGAUCAACCGUGAGGAGCAAAUGCUGGGCAUGGAGACGCAGACGGAGUACGCUCAGAUCGGGGUCAUCCAGGUGGCCAAGGAGCCGUACGACAAGCUGUGGUCAACGGCCGUCAAGUUCCACCAGCAGCACGACAAGUGGAUGAACGGACCGCUGCUGGAGGUCAACGCUGAGCAUGUCGAGGAGGAGGUGCAAAAUCUGUGGCGUGUGGCGUACAAGUUGACCAAAGUGUUCGCUCACCCGGAUUACAAAGGACCCAUGCGCGCCUCGGCCACCAUCAAGACGAAGCUGGAGAAGUUCAAGAUCAACAUGCCGCUCAUCAACGCACUGUGUAACCCCGGCAUCAAGCAGCGCCACUGGAACAUGAUGAGCGAGAAGGUUGGCUUUAACAUGGCCCCCAGCGAGGCGACUCCGCUUCAUGAGGUGCUCCAGAUGGGCCUGGAGAAGUACUUGGAUGAGUUGAUGGGCAUCAGCUCAAGAGCUAGCAAAGAGUUUGCGCUCGAAAAGGCGCUGACCAAGAUGCGUGACGACUGGAGCAACAUGACCUUCACCUUUGUGUCCUACAAGGACACUGACGUCAGCAUCCUCGCGUCCUUCGACGACAUCCAGGUAUUGCUCGAGGACCACAUCGUCAAGACCAUGACGAUGAAGGGCUCGCCUUUCAUUGGACCGUUUGAGAAAGAAAUAGGCGAGUGGGAUCAGAACCUGCACCGCAUGAAAGCAAUCCUGGACUCCUGGCUGAAGGUGCAGGCAGCAUGGCUGUACCUUGAACCAAUUUUUGGCUCACAAGACAUUCGUAACCAGAUCCCCGUGGAGGGCAAGUUAUUCGAGGAGGUGGAUGCACAAUGGCGCGGGAUGAUGAAGCAGGCUGUUGUCAACACCAAAGCGCUCGUUGUUGUUGCCCAAGACCGCAUGCUAGAGAAUCUGGAACAUUCUGAGUCAAUGCUAGAUGACAUUCAGAAGGGACUCAAUGACUAUCUGGAAAAGAAGCGACUGUUUUUCCCAAGAUUUUUCUUCUUGUCCAACGAUGAACUGCUGGAGAUACUGUCUGAGACCAAAGACCCGCUGAGGGUGCAGCCCCACUUGAAGAAAUGUUUUGAAGGAAUCGCCUGCCUCAGCUUCAGCGCCGACAAAGUCAUUGAGGCCAUGGAGUCGGCGGAGAAAGAAAAAGUUCCUUUUUCACGCACCAUCACACCUGAGGACGCACAUGGUCUGGUGGAGCUCUGGCUCGCUCAGGUGAGACAUGUCAUCAUACUAUCGUAUUAUGAAAUGGGAAGAUCCGCUUUUGUUUGGGGUGGAUUGAAGGAUGGACAGUCUUCUAUUGGAUUAAUACGACCUACAUUUUCUGUCACACCCCGCCGGCAGUGGGUCCUGCAGUGGCCGGGGCAGGUGGUUCUAGCGUCCAGCCAAACCCACUGGACCGUGGAGGUCACUAAUGCGAUAUCGUACGGCGGACUGCAAGCUUACCUGGGCAAAAGCAACAAGCAGGUGGAGGAAAUAGUGCAAAUGGUGCGAGGCCGUCUGUCCAAGAUGGCGAGGAUCACACUGGAGGCGCUGAUUGUCAUCGACGUUCAUGCACGUGACGUCAUCGCCACGCUCCACAAGCAGCAGGCUCGGAGCCCACUCGACUUCUCGUGGAUCAGUCAACUGCGCUAUUACUUCGAGAACGACCUCGUGCAGGUGCGAAUGAUCACCACCACUGUCGCCUAUGCCUACGAAUACCUGGGCAACACAGGUCGCCUUGUCAUUACGCCCCUUACUGACAGGUGUUACAGGACCCUGAUGGGCGCUUUGCAGCUAAACCUAGGGGGCGCUCCAGAAGGUCCUGCGGGGACAGGAAAGACAGAAACAUCAAAAGAUUUGGCAAAGGCUGUUGCCAAACAGUGUGUGGUGUUCAACUGCUCGGACGGGCUGGACUACAAGGCUAUGGGCAAGUUCUUCAAGGGCCUGGCGCAGUCUGGGGCGUGGGCGUGCUUUGAUGAGUUCAACAGGAUAGAGUUGGAGGUGUUGUCGGUGAUCGCCCAGCAAGUGCAGACGAUCCAGCGCGCCAUCGCGGAACAGAAGCAGAAGUUCGUCUUCGAGGGCACGGAGAUCUCCCUCGACCCCAGCUGCACCAUCUUCAUCACCAUGAACCCCGGCUACGCUGGCCGCGCAGAGCUUCCCGACAACCUCAAGGUCCUGUUCCGGACAGUCGCCAUGAUGGUGCCAGACUACGGGCUGAUAGGCGAGAUCUCGCUGUACUCCAUGGGCUUUGUGGAAGCGAGAGCUCUGGCUACAAAGAUUGUGGCGACAUACAGACUGUGCUCGGAGCAGCUAUCCUCACAGCACCACUAUGACUACGGGAUGCGCGCUGUGAAGUCUGUGCUCACGGCGGCCGGCAGCCUCAAGCUCAAGUACCCGGAUCAGCGUGAAGACGUCCUGGUUCUCCGCUCCAUCAACGACGUCAACCUACCCAAGGUGAUUUUGUCACAUGACAUUCCCCUGUUCGAGGGCAUCAUCUCUGACCUCUUCCCCGGCGUGGACCUACCAAACCCAGAUUACGAUCACCUGGAGAAAGCUGUUCAGGAAAAGAUGGCAGCCGCCAACUUGCAGUGUGUCCCAUGGUUCAUCACUAAGGUCAUUCAGAUAUACGACAUGAUCCUGGUGCGUCAUGGCCUGAUGAUCGUUGGUGACCCCAUUGGAGGGAAGACGUGCGCCUUCAAGACGCUGGCUGCAGCUCUGCAACAGCUGCACGAGAAAAGACUGAUGGAUGAAAACAAGGUGAUGUACAACAUAAUCAACCCCAAGGCCAUCACGAUGGGUCAGCUUUACGGUCGCUUUGAUCCCGUCUCGCAUGAGUGGACUGACGGUGUGUUAGCUAACACCUUCCGCGCGCAUGCCUCCACGCCAACCGAGGACCGGAAGUGGAUUGUCUUUGACGGCCCUGUGGAUGCCGUGUGGAUUGAGAACAUGAACACCGUGCUGGACGACAACAAAAAGUUGUGCCUGAUGAGCGGGGAAAUAAUCCAAAUGAACAACAAACAGAACAUGAUCUUCGAGCCGCAGGACCUGGAGCAAGCGUCGCCGGCCACAGUCAGCAGGUGUGGGAUGAUCUACAUGGAUCCCCUACAGCUCAGCUGGGAGCCGCUAAUCGCUUCUUGGAUGCGCACGCGUCUGCCGGACAUCUUGACUAAAGAACAGAGGGAAAUGAUUAAGCUACUGUUUGAGUGGAUCCUCCCUCCAUGCCUCGGCUUUGUGGGCAAGUACUGCCGGCACAUCCUCACUUGUCAUCCCAUGCACCUGACAGCUUCUGCCCUCAAGCUGUACGAGUGUCUCAUGGAGGACGUGAAAAAAAUCGGCAAAGACGACUUUGAUGAUUUCAUUGCGGAAGAGGUGACCAGAAGGGGAAGAGGCGGUGUCUUCAGAUCCCACGGCGGCCCCUCCAGCCAUGUCAGCCAUGGAGCAGAAGGUUCGAGAAGAUCAGACCAACAUGAUUGUCGCUCAUUUCUUCUUCGCCAUCAUCUGGUCGGUGGGCGCCACCCUGGACGCCAGCUCUCGACUCAACACAGACUUCUGUGUUACAAACCUCACAACCCAAAGACCUUGAAGUUCGCUCGCGCCUUGCUGAUUCCCAAGAAAGGAACAGUGUUUGACUACGUGUACAUACAGAAGCAGUAUGGGUCUUGGAACACCUGGUCUGGCCUCGUCUCACCUGUCAGCAUCGACGCUAAAACGCACGAACUGCAGGUUAAGCAGGGGAGUGUCACGACAAGCAAGGAUGUGCGAGACAUGGAACUCCGAAUCAUGCUCAGCGCCUUGAUCGUCAACACCGUGGACACCGUGCGGCAGCGCUUCUUCCUCUCGCGGUUCCUGAGUCUGGACAAAGCCGUGUUGUUUGUGGGACCCACCGGCACGGGCAAGAGUGCCAUCACCAACAACCACCUGCUGGAGCUGCCACGUGACCAGUACGUCACCUGCAACAUCAACUUCUCCGCGCAAACCUCGGCAAACCAGACGCAAGAUAUCAUUUUUUCAAAGUUGGACAGGCGGAAAAAAGGAACGUACGGGCCGGCACCAGGCAAGAAGCUGUGUGUGUUUGUUGAUGACCUCAACAUGCCGGCCAAGGAGAGGUAUGGCGCCCAGCCACCCAUCGAGAUCCUGCGCCAGUGGAUCGACCACGGCUUCUGGUACGACAGGAAGGACACGAGCAUUCUGCAGUUGUCGGACGUAGUGAUGCUGUGCGCCAUGGGACCGCCUGGUGGCGGUAGGAACAUGGUCACACCUCGCUUCCUGCGACACUUCAACAUCAUCGGCAUCGAGACGUUCGACGAGGAAACAAUGAAAAGCAUCUUCGCUCCCAUCAUCGACUGGCAUUUCAAUUUCUUUGAGACGCCACAACGACGAUUUGCGAGGAUUAUUCUCACCUGCACUUUAGAGGUUUAUCAGGAAGCCAUCAGCAACUUCUUACCAACACCUUCAAAGUCUCACUACCUCUUCAACCUUCGCGACUUCGCCCGAGUUGUGCAGGGUGUACUACUACUAAAACCGCGGGUAGUUCCUUCCGGGGUGGAAGGUGCACAGAAGAUCUGCCGCAUGUGGAUUCACGAGGUCUACAGAGUCUUCUAUGAUCGUCUGGUCGACGACAGCGACAGAGAAACUUUCUUCCGCAUCGUGAAGACUAAAGUGGAGAUGCACUUCAAGGAAAAGCUCAACAACCUCUUCAGUCACAUCGUUGACGCCAGCCGCCUGAUCGUUGACGACGACAUUCGCUCGCUGAUCUUUGGCGACUACCUGAAGAAAAAGGAAGACGAAAAACUUUACGACGAAAUUCAAAACCUCGAUGAGCUUAGAGAAGUUGUUGAACAUUACCUUGCAGAGUACAACAUGAUGAGCAAAGCCCCUAUGGACCUGGUCAUGUUCCGAUUCGCCAUUGAACACAUCUCACGCAUCAGCCGCGUGCUCAAGCAGCCUAACGGUCACUGUCUGCUGGUCGGAAUUGGUGGAAGUGGCCGUCAAAGCACCACCCGUCUGGCGGCGUUCAUGUCGGACUUUGAGCUGUUCCAGAUUGAGAUCACCAAGAACUACACGGUGUCCGACUGGCGCGACGACCUCAGGAAGAUGAUGCGACGAGCCGGGGACGAGGGCGUGUCCACUGUCUUCCUGUUUGGAGAUCAUCAGAUCAAGGACGAAUCCUUCCUAGAAGAUAUAAACAUGAUCCUCAACACAGGUGACAUUCCAAACUUAUAUGACAACGAGGAACGACUGGCUAUUAUUGAAAGGAUGCAGACAGUUUGUCAGCUUGAGAACCUGCAAAUAGAGUUCACUCCCCUUAACAUGUACAACAAGUUCGUGGAGCGCAUCCGGCGCCAUCUGCACGUCGUCUUGGCAUUCAGCCCCAUCGGCGACGCCUUCCGCAACCGCCUGCGGAUGUUUCCCUCCCUCAUCAACUGCUGCACGAUCGACUGGUUCAAGGCAUGGCCCGAGGGCCUGGAGCUGGUGGCCAACAAGUUCCUUGACGACGUGGAGAUGCAGACUGAGGUGCGGGGCGAGAUGGUGGCCAUGUGUAAGCAUUUCCACCAGAGUGUGCGGGCCCUCUCUGUCACGUACUACGAGACAAUGAGGCGCCAGAACUAUGUAACUCCUACCUCCUACCUGGAGCUGAUCAAGAACUUUAAGAACCUCCUGAACCAGAAGAGAAUGGAGAUUCUCACCCUAAAGAAUCGCUACAUGGUGGGACUUGAGAAACUGGCCUUUUCCGAAGCCCAGAUCAACGUCAUGCAGCAAGAGCUGGUGGAGCUGCAGCCCAAGUUGAUUGAGACCAGUCGUGAGACUGAAGAGCUCAUCGGCAUCAUCGAGACAGAGACAGUGCAGGUGGAGGCCAAGAAGACGCUGGUGGAGGCGGACGAGGCUGUUGCCAACAAGGCCGCCAUGGAAGCCAAAGAGAUAAAGGACGACUGCGAGGCUCGCCUGGCCGUUGCGAUGCCAGCGAUGGAGGCUGCUAUUUCUGCUCUGGAUACCCUCAAGCAGAAUGACAUUACAAUCGUGAAAACAAUGCAGAACCCGCCCUCUGGUGUAAAGGUGGUCAUGGAAUCAGUCUGCAUUCUGAAGGGAAUCAAACCGGAGAAAAAGGUUGUCAAUGGAAAAGCUGUUGAGGAUUACUGGCCUGCGGCUAAAAAGAUGCUAGGAGAUAUGAAGUUUCUAGAAUCGCUGAAAGAAUACGACAAAGACCGUAUACCGGCUCCGAUUAUUAAGAAAAUCAGAGACAAGUACAUCAACAACCCGGAGUUUGACCCCGCCAUCAUCAAAAACGUCUCCUCGGCCUGCGAGGGCUUGUGCAAGUGGGUGCGGGCCGUGGAGGUGUAUGAUGGCGUUGCUAAGGUUGUGGCCCCCAAGCAGGAGAGUCUGAAGGAGGCGGAGGAGGUGCUGGCGGACCAGAUGUCGAAGCUUCGGCAGAAACAGGCAGAACUGAAGGAGGUCACAGACAAGUUGCAAGGUCUCAACGAUAACCUGGCCUUAAAGCAAGAAGAAAAAGCGAGCCUGGAGGACAACAUAGUGUGCAAGGUGAAGAUUGAACGUGCAGAGAAACUCAUCAGUGGGCUGGGAGGAGAGAAGGACAGGUGGACACAGAAUGUGGAGGAACUGACAGAGAGAUACGACAACAUCAUUGGAGAUGUUUUACUGUCUGCAGCAGUCGUCGCCUACCUGGGACCUUUCAUCCUAGACUUCCGACAGGACUGCAUUAGAGGGUGGUUCACACUGUGUAAGGAGAAGGCCAUCCCCAUCUCUGAGCCGUUCUCCAUGUCCAAGACACUCGGUGACGCCGUCAUGAUCCGAGAAUGGCAGAUCGCCGGCCUGCCCGCCGACAACUAUUCGGUGGACAAUGCCAUCAUUGUCAAGUCUGCCAACCGGUGGCCUUUGAUGAUUGACCCUCAAGGUCAGGCCAACAAGUGGAUAAAAAACAUGGAGAAGGUAAACAAGCUGGAAGUCAUCAAGUUCUCGGACCCCAACUACGUGCGGUCACUGGAGAACUGUCUGCAGUUCGGCAACCCUUGUCUCCUGGAGAACAUCGGCGAGGAGCUCGACCCCAUCUUGGACUCCAUUCUCCUCAAGCAAACUUUCAAACAGAAUGGACUGGACUAUAUUCGCCUCGGUGACCACGUGGUUGAGUUCAGCAGGGACUUCAAGUUCUACAUCACCACUCGCCUCCGCAACCCCCACUACCUGCCGGAGGUGUCGGUGAAGGUCACACUGCUCAACUUUGUCAUCACGCCCCUGGGUCUGGAGGACCAGCUGCUGGGGCUGGUGGCUGCCAAGGAAAAGCCGCAACUAGGAGAGGAAAAGAAUGAGCUCAUCAUGGAGAGCGCUCGCAACCGUCGGCAGCUGAAGGAGAUCGAAGAUAAAAUUUUGGAAGUUUUGUCGUCGUCUAAGGGAAACAUUCUAGAGGACGAAACAGCCAUUGAAAUCCUGUCAUCGAGUAAAGUGUUGUCCCUUGAGAUCUCUGAGAAACAGAAGAUUGCAUCAGUCACCGAGGCUGAGAUUGAUGCCACGAGGAAUGGGUACAAGCCGGUGGCCAAACAUGGUAGCAUUCUUUUCUUCACCAUCUCAGAUUUAGCCAACAUCGACCCUAUGUACCAGUAUUCCUUGGCUUGGUUCAUUAAUCUGUACCUACAGUCUAUUAGCAACAGCAAGCCAUCAUCAAAGCUAGACGAGCGGAUCCACUGUCUGAACCAGCAUUUCACCUACAGUAUCUACAAGAACGUGUGUCGCUCGCUGUUCGAAAAAGACAAACUCCUCUUCUCCUUCCUUCUGUGCACGGGCCUGGACAAGGGCAGAGGGAAGAUCGUCGAUGAAGAAUGGAGAUUCUUGUUGACAGGAGGAGUGGCACUGGAAAACCCAUUCCCCAACCCUGCGCCCUCCUGGCUCUCGGACAAGUCCUGGGCUGAGAUAGUCCGAGCUUCGCAGUUAUCGGCUUUUACUGGGUUCAUGGAUCAUUUUCAGAAAGCGCCGGAUGAGUGGAGGAGGUUGUAUGACUCUGCGCAGCCGCAAAGCGAGAGGUUGCCGGCGCCAUACACCAGCUCACUGACCGCCAUGCAGAGGCUCAUCGUCCUCAGAUGCCUCAGACCGGACAAGAUGAUACCCGCUGUUGGCAACUACAUAACAGACCACAUGGGUCCACAGUACACCGAACCCCCGACCUUUGACCUGUCGCUUUGCUACGAGGAUUCCAACUUCUUUUCACCACUUAUUUUUAUGUUGUCCCCUGGCGCUGACCCAAUGGCGGGACUCUACAGAUUCGCUGAGGAAAAAGGUGUAGUAGCCUUUGGAAAUUCUCGUCAAAAGACAAUCUCGGCACAUGCGCACAAGGACAGACGGAGGUCGUCGGUGUUGUUGCCGGACCCAGCAUCCAUGCUCGUCCGGUCCAGCAAAAGAGGUCUGCAGACCAUCUCGCUAGGCCAGGGCCAAGGACCCAUCGCUGAGAAGAUGGUGAUGGAGGCAAUAGAAGAAGGCUCGUGGGUCGUUCUACAGAACUGUCACCUCGCCGCUUCCUGGCUUCCGGAACUGGAACGGAUCUGUGAAAGUGUGAUCACCGACCCGACUCGCACCAAAGACACCUUCAGGUUGUGGCUGACCAGCUACCCGUCACCCGUGUUUCCUGUGUCGGUGCUGCAGAACGGCGUGAAGAUGACUAACGAGCCACCUAAAGGACUGCGCGCUAACUUGCUCAGGUCGUACCUCAACGACCCCAUAUCGGACCCUGCAUUCUUCACCAGCUGUAAGAAACCUAAGGUGUUUGAAAAGCUCCUGUUCGGCCUCUGCUUCUUCCACGCCUUGGUGCAGGAGCGGCGAAAGUUCGGUCCCUUGGGCUGGAACAUUCCAUACGAGUUUAAUGAGUCGGAUCUGAGAAUCUCUGUCAGACAGCUGGAGAUGUUUAUCAACGACUAUGAGGAGCCGCCCCUGGAGGCACUGCGCUACCUGACGGGGGAGUGUAACUACGGGGGUCGUGUGACAGAUGACUGGGACCGGCGUCUCAUCCUGAGUCUUCUUCACGUCUUCUACUGUCUAGAGACCAUAACAGACGACGGCUAUCGUUUCUCUGCCAGUGGUUUAUAUUUCGCCCCUCCACAGGGCUCCUACGACAGCUACGUCGACUACAUUCGUAGCCUGCCGCAGGUGCCCCAUCCAGAGGUGUUUGGGCUGCAUGAAAAUGCCGACAUCUCCAAGGACCAGCAAGAAACACAACAGCUUUUUGAUGGAAUUCUGCUGACUCUUCCAAGACAGACUUCAGGGGGAGGCAAGUCAUCUCAGGCGAUAAUUGAGGAGUUAGCUAGUGACAUCCUGUCGAAGAUCCCACCAGACUUCAACCUUGAUGAGGUGCAGGGCAAGUAUCCUGUCCGCUACGAGGAGUCCAUGAACACGGUGUUGCUACAGGAACUCAUUCGCUUUAACCGCCUGACCGCCGUGGUGCGCCGCUCGCUGCUGGACAUCCGCAAGGCCAUCAAGGGUCUGGUGGUCAUGUCCGCCGAGCUGGAGGAUGUCUUCGACAGCAUGAUGGUCGGCAAGGUUCCAGGUAUGUGGGCUGCAAAAUCCUAUCCAUCUCUGAAGCCAUUAGGGGGCUACAUCACAGACCUCUUGACCAGACUCACGUUUUUCAAGGACUGGAUCUAUGGCGGCACGCCCACGGUGUUCUGGAUUUCCGGCUUUUACUUCACUCAGUCCUUCCUGACUGGCGUGCUGCAGAACUUUGCCCGCCGCUACAAGGUGCCCAUCGACCACCUGGGCUUCCAGUUCGAAGUCACCAACCACGAGACACAAAUAAGCAGCAAGCCGGCUAACGGUGCCUAUAUCAAAGGUCUGUACAUGGAGGGCGCGCGCUGGUGCCGCACGUCACGUGUCAUGGCGGAGAGUCAGCCGAAAAUUCUGCACGACCUCAUGCCUGUUAUGUGGCUACAGCCGGGGGAGAAGGCCAAGUUCGAGGCUCGGAGGACCUACGCCUGCCCCGUGUACAAGACCUCUGCCCGGCGCGGCGUCCUGUCCACGACUGGCCACUCCACCAACUACGUGCUGACCAUCGAGUUGUCCACCGCACUGUCACCCAACCACUGGAUCAACCGCGGGGUGGCGCUGCUGUGCCAGCUUGACGACUGA